AUGACCAGUAACUUGCUGGCAGCUCUCAAAAGUAACCAAGGCAAAACCAGUACCACCGCUGUCUAUCCCCUGAUCGAGGCGGCCAAAUCUGGCCAAGUCGAGGGUUGCAGCAAAGCCUUGGAGGAUAAGAAAGUGAAGGUUGAUCAGAAGGAUCCAGAGGGCGUCAAUGCGCUGAUGCAUGCGGCAUCGGGCGGCUACAUACAAGUGGUCCAGUUUCUUGUUGACAAGGGAGCUCGCAUUUCCGCCAAAGAUGACAUGGGAGAAACGGCUUUGAUGAAAGCAUGUAAAGAGGGCCAUACUGACAUCAUCAGGUUCCUCGUUGAGGCUCAAGCGGCUCAAAGGAAGAAAGGACCAUCAUUGACCGGCGGCAAGGAUGAAGCGCAGCAGUCCCUCAUGCGUGAGAAGAAGAGGAUCUUGGACAUGAAGGAUGACGAGGGAGUGAAUCUAGGCUGCAUGAAACCUAUUCUGUGUUCGGAACUUGUUUUGCUGUAUUAUGCCAGUGCGAUUUGCUUGAUUUGUUGCUUGGCAAGGACAGCGAUCAUGAAGGCUGCUGAACAGGGAGAAGGAGAUGUUGUGCAAAUUCUGGCCGAUGACGGAGCUUCCUUGGACCUGAAGGAUGAUGAAGGCUGGGAUGUUCUGAUGUGGGCUUCUUUGAGUGGACACUACGAGAUUUGUGAGCUCUUGGUCAGUAACUUUGGCAUCACGGCCGACUAUGCCACGGAAAAGGGAGAGACAGCUUUGAUGAAAGCGGCCGCAAAUGGGCAUUGGGAUGUUUGCGGAUUUCUGAUCGGAGAGGGUGCCAAAGUGAAUCAGCUGGACCAGCAUCAUCAGACUGCUUUGAUGUGGGCUGCAUCGGAAGGUCAUUUGACUACAGUACAGGGGCUUGUGAAGAAGGAUGCCAAAGUUGACCAAGUCACCAAACAAGGCAAGACCGCACUGCUUUUGGCUGCUCAGUUCGGACGUGAAGAGAUUUGCAAGUUCCUGGUUGCAAAAGGAGCAAAGGUGGAACAUCAGGAUGAGGAUGGUCAAACAGCCCUUUUCAGCGCAGUCCAGGCUGGCAACCCCAGUUUGGUGAAGAGCCUUAUUGAGCUGAAGUGUCCUACUGAGGCCAAGACCAGCCGUGGGGAGACCGCACUCAUUUGGGCUGCCAUGAAUCAACAGCUUCUUUGCGUUCAAGCUCUCCUUGCCCAUGGUGCUAAUGUGCAUACAACAGAUGAGAAUGGCCAGACCGCCCAAGAUCAUGCAGAGGGCACUCUCAACAGUCAUGUUGUUGAAGUACUACGUGAAGCAGCCAAGACCCAGUCAAAGAAGGAUGAAGAGCUUUGGAAGCAAGUGUGGAAGCCUUUGCAACACAUCCUGAGGGUGGCAAAGGUCAUGGAUCUUACGGCCGAGGAUGGAGAUGAUGCUGAGGAAUUUCUGAUGGACAAAGUGCCGCCACAGUUCGAGAUUCCAGGUAUGCCGACAAUGUCAGUUCACAGCACAACUACUUGUACUGUGGAGGAGGGCCUGCCUUCAGCUGUGCAUGAGGAUGAAGUCGAAAUGCAGAGCCGGGCUCCAUUCUCAAGCAAAAAGGCAGGCAGUGGCAGUUUUCUCAGAGGGCCUGGAGCAGAGUGCUGCAUUUGCUGUGCGGAACUACCUUCGGACGCAGUUUGCAUGCUGAUGCAGCGAAGCGGAAGAAACAAGAAGCGUGCUUGUCGACAUUAUCUACACCAUGGUUGUGCUAAGCUCCUACUCCAAUCGACCCCUGCACCGUACCUUUGCCCCCUGUGCCGUGCAGAGUUUGUGCGGGUAGAAGCGCUGCCAGACGUGCGCCUCAACAGCACUGCGUGGUUUCAUGCCCUUGAUGAUGAUGACUCUGGCUCUCUGGAAAAACACGAGGUCAUCGAUGCCCUUUGCGCAACUCUGCCUGUAGAUCCUGAGAAGCUUGAGGCUGUGAAAUUGUGGUCAGAGUGGGACUCUGAAGGCACUGGACGAAUUACACGUGAAGCCUUUGAGCAUUCUCGAGGAAUUCUGCAAUUUGUAUUGUACAGCUUGCCCUCCUUGAAGCGAGAGGCUCGCUCUGGUGCCGUUCCAGACCUUGAGCAGAGCAGAGAGAGCUGGUUUAGGUAUUGGGACGAAGAUAACCAGCGAGAGCUCGAAUUUCUUCCCUGCCUUCGUGCUUUGGCGAGGACACUCCGCAUUGAUGGUGACUGCGCUGACAUGGUGUUGUUGCGAAAGGUCUUGAUCGGGCUUUUCCAGGACUUUGGCCUUUGUGAGGAGAUGAGUGCGCAGAGCCAGGUGCUGUCUUGGUCAGUGCGAGGAGAAAUGAGACCGGUCACCCAGAAGCUUUUCUGUGAGAGGCCCGAUGGUUUUUGUGACUGCCUGCUUGACGAGUUGAAGCGGUCUUUUGGGAAGAGACGAUUUCAGCGACUAUGCGAGCGAGCUCGGUUGCUCCAGCUUCCAGUCGCUGAGCUCAAGCGCAAGCUCCCACAUGGACCUGUUCCGUUGGAGAAGGCAGAGCUGGUGGAAGCCAUUCUUGACGCUUCAAGCCCAACAGCGCCGACUCAGCCCAGGAGAGGGCCUGCUGUGCAGCAGCCAGGGACUUCUGAAAGAAGAUGCGCAGGUCUUACUCACGGGGAGGUGCAGGCGUUGCCUCUAGCAGAGCUCCAGAGGAGGCUCAGAUCAGUGGGUGUUUCCUACGACCAUUGUCUUGAACGCCAAGAGCUGGAGGACCUUCUUUUGUCACAAAGGUCAAGGCCUGAUCGCUCCUCAGAAGGGCCCGGCAAUGUCCCGCAUGAACGUGGCAGUCAACGCUGCUUUGAACAGUGCCGUUUGCAUUGA